AUGGAUCCGGAGAGCCUUCGGCGCUGCGCUGCCGACGGUCGCACCCCUGCGCAUUGGGCGGCGUUGAGCGGCCAGGUGGAGGUGUUGAAGGUUUUGGCUUCCUUGGUGCCUGACACGCUCACAGCACACGCUCGCAACGGAGCAACUCCCGCUCACGAUGCAGCUUUUCAAGGCCACAGCCACGUACUGCUACAUCUGCACCAGAUCAACCCAACCAGCCUCGUGGCAAAGUCGGCGACAGGUGCAACGCCGGCACACGAUGCGGCUUUCGGUGGCCACAUCGAGACGAUGCUGCUCUUGAGGGAGCUGGCGCCGGAAACUCUUUCAGCUCGCGACCUGCAUGGCCGAUGCGCGGCCCAUGAGGCGGCGGAGACCGGACAGGACUCUCUGCUCCGGCUGCUCUACCUCUUGGUACCCGCGACCUUGCACGCAAGGGAUGAUGCAGGGUGGCUGCCCGAAGAUGUGGCGGAAGCACACGGCUGGGAGUCAACUGCCCGGCUGCUCAAGUUUUUGCCUGCGGUGCAAUGUGAUGACCCUGGUUCUGCCGAUGACACGAGUGAUGACGUGGAGCAGGUAUGCCAAAGAGAGGACGCACCGCCAGAGCCGGAACCCACACCAGAGGACCCAGCUCCUUCAGAACCAGAGGUGCCGGAGGUGCAGACACAGCUCCAAGAAGCCCCCAGUCAGGCAGAGCCAGAGCAUCCACAAGAGCCCGUAAACGAGGAAGCUCCAGUGCAAGAGGCGGCUCCAGAAGAGCCUCCUGAGAAGGAACCGAUGAGAUCUGCUGAGGUAUCGGAUGAGAGCACUGUUGAAGAACGGAAGAGCAUCAAACCCAUCACAACGGAUCCCCUGGCAUAUGAGAUUCUCUUGGACAUAUUAUCAGCGAAGCUUGGCACUCUGUUGACGCACUUCGGGCAUGUCGUCAGGAGUAAUCUGCGUGAUGCCGACUGGAGCCUGGCAAGUUCUGGUGGCUCCGAUGCCUACUGCUUGGUGGAGGUUCCGGGAAGCAGCAAGGGCUUCCAGACCGAGGUGGUUGAGAACAGCUCCGACCCAGUGUGGAAGAAGAGCGGCAAGCUGGUCCUGGCCCCAGAGGAAGAGGUGCUCUUCAAAGUCAUGGACCGCGACGAUGGCGAUGCUGACGACCUGCUCGGGAAAGUCUCACUGCCAGUUGCCAAGCUUCUGCCGGAUGGUUUCGAAGGAAAGUUGGAAAUGCAAGAGACUGGAAAGGCCACGGCCUUCUUGAGCGUUCGCUCAAAGGUUUUGAGGGCGCUCUAUGACGCGGCUGCGGUGGCCGAUGCGCUGAAGGCGAGCCAAAGCCAACCCAAGCGGCCUCCUCCACCAAAGCCCCCGAAAGUGCACGAGAUUGAAGUGACGGUGAAGGCUGCCAAGGGCUUGCGCAAUGCUGAUUGGAGCUUCGGAGGUUCCGGUGGAUCAGAUGCUUAUGUGGCAGUGAGCGUCCCGGGUACCAAAAAAGAGUUCCAAACGCCGGUUGUUGAAGACAGCUCCGAUCCAACGUGGAACUUCGCGCAGAAGCUUUCAGUAGCUCCGAAGGAGACUUUGGUCUUCAAGGUCUUUGACCGAGACAGACGUAAUGACGAACUCUUGGGGACUGCAAGCCUUGCCAUCUCCGGGAUACUGCCGCAGGGUUUCAGCGGUGCCCUGAAGCUGGAAGAUGCUCGCAAUCCUACUACCGCAGAGCUGCUGGUCUCUGUCCGAGUGUUGCAAUCUGCUGUGAAGUCUUAA